AUGCUUGUCGAGGACAGAGUCGAACUUCAAGCCCAAUGUUCUGCCAUCCCCUAUUCUCGACAAAAGACUGCCAUUCCCUCUAGAAGAAACAAAUUAGUAAAGAAUUUUCUUAGUUUCCUUUAUGCUAGUGAAUCUUGCGAAGCCACUCCUUCAACAUUGUACAUUCCUGAUGAAACAUCUUCUUUAUCUAUCCCAUCAAUCGAUUUAACACUUCUUCUUGAUCAUGCCCCUACUUUUGCCGAUCUAUCAAAUGAUUUUAAGACUUCAGUUCCUUCUACUGAUCUACCAGCCGACUUUAAGACUUCGAUUCUUCCUCCCGAGCCCCCUAUCGACAAAGUUCCUGUUGCUUCUCCAAUUAUUUCUUCUCCACCUUGGCCAGCUGAUGUUGAGCCGGAGGAGCAUUUGACUAAGAAGAGGCGGAUGAAGUCUCCUCCUACCUCUGAAUGGUUAAAAUUUAUCUUUCGUCCUGUUCUGAAGGUCCUAAGCAUAUUUGUUGAGGAUUGGCUCUAA